AUGGAAAGUAGACGCGGCCACGCGGGCGACCUUGGAGCCGGAACGCGGCAGUGCGUCUGGAAGCUACGGCUUCAUCGCGUCUCCUGGUCGGGCGGGAUGAUUGGGCGCUUGCAGGCAGUUGGCUGCAGUCCUGCAGUUCUGCGUCCGCCACAGCGCACGGCAGGCGGCUGCACCAGCACCAGCACCAUGAUCGGCUACUUGAGCACCUACCGUAUUCGCCAGAUCUCGCUGCCAAAAGUGAUCGGUGCGUUGAAGACACUUUUCAGUUGCGACUCUGGCUUCGGCGAGGCCCUGGCGCGGCGGCUGGACUCGCUGGGUGUGCCCGUGGUGGCGGGCUGCCUCUUCCCGGAGGGCCCCGGAGCCCAGCGGCUGGUCCAGCAGUGCUCCUCCAGGCUGCGCGUCCUGCCGCUGGACGUCACCUCGGAGCAGCAGGUGCGCGACGCCGUCUCCAGCAUCCGCGACAGCCUGGACGGACGAGAGCUGUGGGCGCUGGUGAACAACGCGGGGAUGUCGGACAUAGGGGAGGCAGAGCUGGUGCCCCUGGAGGUGUUCGAGCGUACGCUGGCCGUCAACACAUUGGGCGUGGUGCGCGUCACACAGGCCUGUCUGCCACUCAUCCGGCAGGCCAAGGGCCGCAUCAUCACCGUCGCCAGUCCUCUGGGCAGGGCAGCAAUGCCGAUACUGUCCCCGUACUGCAUGUCCAAGAGUGCCGUCAUCUCGUACUGCGACGCUCUGCGUGUCGAGAUGAAGAAGUGGGGCGUCUCUGUCUGCACGGUGGAGCCGUCCAGCUACAUGUAA